GAGCUCGAAGGCUGCUCGGCGUUGUCGUGGUCAUCUCACCUCACAGAGUCUCGGAUACAAGCUAGACAUCCCACCUGCAGCCAUCUAUCCCUUCCCCGAGACUGCUCUCCCUCUUCCCUCUUCUCUCCCUAGACCUGUCCCCUCCACACGACACCAAGGCGACCACAGAAACAUCUGAUCUGCAGGUCUUCGCAUCUUGGUGUCAUCCGAAUCACCACAACUUGAAGCAUGGCUCUGAAGGAUCUGAAGCGACGGCUGCUGCUGGCUGGUGCUUCCAGCAUGAGAGGCGCUGGUCAAUGUGCAUAUGUUCUCCUACGCUGUGUGGACCUUGGCAUGAAGCUCGUCGGCCCGCUGCUGGUCAGAGAGAGAAGAACCCAAUACAUGUGAUAGGUGUCUGUCAUUGUGUCUGUGUGUGGUGUUUGUGAUCAGAUAUUGUUUGCUUUCGGCCUUUAUGGGUUCAUAGCGUAUUCGUUCUUUGCCUUCAUCGUCCCGUACGAGCCGUGGCCGGCGUGGCAGCGCACCCUGCUCUCCUUGGUGGGCAUCUUCCUGCUCGCAAACAUCAUAUACAACUACCUUGGCGCCAUCUUCACAGGUCAGUCACCAUCACCCACAACAUAUGUGACCGACACCGACGCAUGAGACCCACGGGCUGUUUGCUGGCUUCUCGUCGUGUGUGUGUCUGUUCGAUGUGCAGAUCCGGGCAGUCCGCCAGAAUAUGGAGGGGUAGGCUUCUAGGCUGGAGGAACACUUUCUUCUGUCGAUUGGCGAGUGUUUGCAAACUGUGUGUGUGUGUCUGGUGUGUCCUGUCCCUUCAGACUGAGAUGGAGGAGGGCGCUGGGAUGGGGGGGCUGGGGGAUGAAGUCAAGCAAUGCCAAAAAUGUGAGGUGACGCAUACCGACGGACGACAUUCGUGUGGCCUGUCUUCAUUCCAUGCAUGUGUGAUGUCUGUCAUGCCUGUCUGGGUGUCAGGUUCUCGCUUGAAGCCUGCCAGGUGUCACCACUGUAGCGUGUGCAACCGAUGUGUUCUCAAAAUGGACCAUCACGUAAGUAAAUCAAUGACGACAGAGGAGACAGAGAUGGCAUGCCAUGGUCGAUCCGAUCGCUGCGUGUGUGGUGGUGUGGGGUGUGUGUGUCUUCAGUGUCCCUGGGUGAACAACUGCGUCGGUUUCCACAACUACCGGUACUUUUGGCUGUUCCUCGUCUAUUUGGCCAUGGGCUGCACUUUCGUCAUCGCAACUGUCGCCAGGGCCUUCUAUGUCGCCAUAUUCACACCGGUCAGUCAGUCAGCAGACGAGACGCCCGCAGACACAGCAUAGCCCUCACCCACUUGUGUGGUGGUGCACGUGUGUGUGAAUGAAUGGCUAUGCAGCGUCAGUCUGAGUUUCCUUUCUUCGGCCGGCAGUGUGUGGCCCUGACAUUCGUCAUCUGCUGUGCGGUGCGCAACACGCCCUGCCAGAGAGAAUGUCUGUGUGCACGACACAUAUGUCAUGUCAUGGCAUGGCAUGGUGUGUUGUGGUCCUGUGUGCAGAUUGAGUUGGCCAUGUGUGUGUUGGCGACCUUUCACGUCUACCUGGCCCUCACGAACCAAACCACUCUCGAAUUCCAGGUAGCUGACCGACACAGUGUGCACGGGCACUCACUCAUCUCACUCAUCGUCAUGUUUGUGUGCAGCUGAAUCUGCACACACGGGCGAGGGCCAGGUGGAAUGGAGUGGUGAGUCAGCACACACACACGGAGGGAGGGGAAGCGACGACACGACACACGUGGAUCCUACCCCUUCCUUCUAUCGCUUCGUUUUGUGUGUCAGAAUUUUCGCAAUCCCUACGAUCUGGGGCGGAAACGAAACAUGCAGCAGGUGUUCGGGCCAUCAAGGUGAGUCGGUCUCUCUCACACGCUCUGAUUGAUGCGCUGCUCUAUCAAGGAGACAGUCGGAUGCAUCCGCCUGCGUGUGUGGGUGUGUAUGCAGGUUUCCAAUAUGGAUGAUGCCUUACUUGGCCGAACCACCAGAAGGUAGGUGCCACCUACUCAAUACAUGACGCCAUUCACCAUCCACCCAGCCACCACACCGCGUGUCAUGAAUCCCUGUCUCCCUCGAUCCUUCAGGGGAUGGUUUAUCAUUCCGAGCGCUGGGCAAGCCGGCCGUUCUGCGGCUGCCGCAACGACCGAAAUGCGACCGACCAGCGACCCACAACGCAGCAGCAGGAUGAUUGGUGGAUGGAUGUAAAGAGGGAGGAGGUGUGGUGGGGUGGGGUGUGUCGGUCGGUCAGUCAGGAAGAGCACUGUCUGUCUGUCUGUCUGUUGGUUGUGCAGCAUGGCUUAGUGUGUCUGGUACAGUGUGUGUUGUACGUGUGUGUACUGACUUGUAUAGGGGCGGGCAGUCGGGAAACAAACAUGUACACACAUGCAUAUAUGCAGCAAUCAAUCUUGUUUUUAUCAAUCAGUCAAGAUUGCUUGUCGAUCACA